CCUGGCGGAAGGAAGGGCUCUGGACGCGGCGGAGUUCCGCGGACCCUAUGCACCGGCUGCCUGCCCCGGGCCGGGCUGCGCGCGCUAUGGCGGAGUGGGCAAAGCGGCGUGCGGGCAUUGAGGGAGUGGUGCUAGAUAUCAGUGGGGUCCUGUAUGACGGUGGAGGAGACGGAGGCGGGGUUCCCAUCCCGGGAUCUAGAGAAGCGGUGGAAAAGAUCAAAGCGUCUGGCCUGAAGUUGCGGUUCUGCACCAAUGAAACCCAGGCCACUCGAGGCAAGUUUGUGGAGAAGCUUCAGCGCUUGGGGUUCAACAUUUCGGUGAAUGAAGUCACUGCCCCGGCACCGGCAGCCUGUCGCAUUCUGAAGGAGCGAAACCUGAGGCCACACCUCCUCGUACAUGAUGAUCUGGUCCCUGAAUUUGAUCAGCUUGAUAAAGCAAACCCAAACUGUGUGGUAAUUGGAGAUGCAGCGGACAAUUUCUCCUACAAAAAUCUCAAUGAAGCUUUCAGAGUUCUGAUUGGACUGGAGAAUCCUAUUCUAAUAUCUCUGGGAAGAGGACGCUAUUAUAAAGAAACCGAUGGUCUGAAACUUGAUGUUGGAGUGUAUAUGAAGGCAUUAGAGUAUGCUUGUGAUGUUCAAGCUGAGGUGGUGGGAAAGCCGGCAAAAAUGUUUUUCCAAUCAGCCUUGGCAGAAAUGGAAGUUGAGCCACAGAAGGCUAUCAUGAUUGGAGACGAUAUUGUGAAUGAUGUAGGAGGUGCCCAGCAGUGUGGUAUGAGAGCUCUACAAGUACGGACAGGGAAGUACAGGAUAUCUACUCAGGAUGCAAAUGAACUUUCUGUACAGUUUGAAUUCUGGUUCGGAAAGAGGUAUCUACUUGUAUCAUAUGAAGUGAAACAAAGAUAGACAUAUCUUUCCUUGGGCAAAACUCCCAUCGAAGUUAGUGGGCCUUGCGAUGAGCAACACCCGGAAGUGAAGGCAGAUGGAUACGUGAAGAACCUCGCGGAAGCAGUGGACAUUAUUGUGAAACAGUUGCACAAGUGAUCGUGCUGUAGAAGAUACUGAUUUAAAGGCACAAAGAAGUUGGACUUGACAUCUGAAGCUUAGCAUACAGCUCACACACCAGGCUACCUCUUCCCCUGUUUAAUUCAUUUCCCUCUCUUCACCUAAUUUCUACACAUAUGCAAGUAACCAUAGGCAACCAGUAAUGCUAAUAGUUUGUCGUUAACUGCCUGAUUUUCAAAGCGUCUCAUUUCUAGGUACUAAAAUGAAAUGCCUUAAUGAUAAAAACAUUAAACCUAACAGGUGCUUAUGACUUCCAUGAAUUGUCUGGUUUUCUAGCACCAGCACAUUCCCUUGAGUGCCAUGUAGCCAUGCAGGAGGAAGAACAGAUAAAAUUAGCUGACACAGGGACUUGCGCCACUUGGGCCAGACUCUGUCCCUACCUAGGGAGCAGCAGGUUACCCCAGCAUGUCAGGAAUCCCCAAGCAGCAUAGGUCAGGCUCUAGGCUGCCCCUUUUUGUAGAUGAGUGCAGAACUUUGUGUGUAAGAUGCGUGCGCACACCAGUCCCAAGGUGAAGUUUUGGGGGAACCCCCUCAUCUUGUAAUGACAUCCUUGAUUUCCACCUGGCUGGGUGUAGCCAUCUGCUCUGAGUAGCAUCUUGUUUGAGAUUUCUCAGCCUAGUGUGUGUGUGUGUGGGGGGGGGGCUUUGAAGCUGCUCAGGGCAGCAGUCAGGGCCUGCUAUCGGUGGGAUUUUCAGAAACGCUCAGCAUUGGCCCAACCCCACUCCAACUGAAGUCAAAGUACAAGGUCUAGGGGCCACUUAAGUCCCGCUUCGCAUGGGUGUCCAACAUUUUAACUGUCACCAUCUUGUCACAUUGUUUUAAUCUUCAACUGCUAAAAAUAGCCUCCAGUACUUAGAUGUUAUUUUAUGGCUGCUGGAUGCCAGGCUUAAUGAUCUGGUGUUCAGUUCCCAGAUUUAAAAAGCCAAGUAAUUACUUUGCCCUGCAUUUCUAUUGCUCGGAAAUCUUACUUGUAACAGGAAGAGGAUGGUGAAAUCAUCUGUGAAUUAAAUAGCACGCUGCUGCCUACAUUAACUGCUUUAUAUUUUGCCCUUGUGGUUUUCACCCAUUACUAAUCAUUGAAGCAAAUUAAAUCUUGUGAAUAUGCUAGGACUAGUCCUGCAAGGUGCUGAGCACCUUCAGCUCCUAUUGAGGCCAGUGGGAGAUUAGAGCACCCAGAACCUUGUGGGAUUAGACCCUGAUACAUAGCACCUAAACACAUGGGGCCGAAUUCACCCGAGUGCAGCGCCAUGGACUUCACAGAAGCUACACCAGGGGUGAAUUCAGCAGAAAAAAUUAAUGCCUGGGUAAAAUGAACUCUCACGUCAAAAACCCUUGUGGUUACAGAGGAGAAAAAUGCUUCAUAAAGUAACAACAGGAAAAGGUGUGUGCUAUAGAAAUAGAUCAGACUGUGUCUGUGAAUAGAGGGGAAGAGGAAAGGAGACAUCACUCCCCAUUGCAUGGUUUGUAUUAGGGACAACCACAAUUACAAUCUCUGUGCUCCACCGGCACCAUCAGGGACACAGUACAGCUAAGGGGGAUGAGGCAGGACUAGAGUCAUGGCGCGGCCCCCUGCAUCUGUCUCCAGAGUGGAACCAGUGCACCAGACUGUAAAAGCAGGUGCUCUCCGGUGUGCCAGGGAACUCAGGGCAGGAUUCCUCCCCAACUCAGCCUCUGGGGCCAGGUGGCUCUCCUUCAUCUGGGCCGGUACAUCUUGCACAGCCUAGCCCAGGGUUAGUGUGACAUCUCUCUGGGUUCUCACUGCCCAAGAUUGUGAUGAUGUCAUCAUGGAAAGGAUGAUAAGGGAAUUUUCCCAUGUCUGGCAGUUUAUUCAGGUUUCAUGUUCAGAUUUCCCCCUUUUAUGCGUUUGUCAAACCUUUAAUUUCAUUUCUCUACAUAUUGACAGUUGUCUGGGGCUGAAGUGGUUUAGAUUCUGGAGAUAAGUACAGUUAUUACAAAUUGAGGAAUAACAUGAUUGACAUGGGGUCUUUUGGUGGCUGUCUUCAUUAGAGAACUGACUUACUGAAUUAAUAAACCCAAGUACUGUGA